CUGGCAUGGUGUAGGUGAACCCCCUACCAGGCGGCGACAGAGUUCCAUCACUGGGCUUAUCGACCGGGGGCCCGACCACGCGGCCAGCUAAACACCCUCAUCCGGAUAACCAAAAGGUGGCUCCGGCCGGAUCAGCAUACUGCCGCGGAGGUGGCGGAAAAAGUGGCUGUCGACCGUUUUCUGAGGGCAUUACCCUGGACAGAACGUCAGGCCGUGGGGGCGCACGCACCGACUAUGCCCCAGGAGCUCCUAACAGCCCUGGAGCGAACCAUGGCCACCCUGGAGCUCGGCCGAGAUGAGCAGCAGCCCCGCGACCGGCCCCUUGGGGCCCCUGGGCCCCGGGCCGACCGCCCGUCCCGCCCCCGCACCUGGAGGACUCGCCAAAGGUCGCCCGUUGGUGGAACCCCCCUGGAUGAGCCCAUGCCUACGGAGCCGGAGAGGGAACCUGCCCGGCCGCCUUCGAAGCCAUGGUUAGCGGGCUGCGCCCUCCAUCUACAACAGCCGCCGGAGGCCCCCUCCCUGACGGUGUGGGUCGAGGGGAACCCGGUAACCGCCCUGCUGGACACCGGGAGCACGGUGACCCUCGCCCGGCCCUCCAUUCUACCCAAGGGGCGUCGCCUGGGGGGGGUUCUCACCGUAACCUGCGUCCAUGGGGACACCCGGGAAGUUCCCGCAGCCGAGGUCCAGAUCCAGGGCGAAGCCGGGGUCUGGCCCCUCCAGGUGGGCCUGAUCCCCGAGCUCCUGGUGCCCCUGCUCCUUGGACGGGACUGGCCAGGAUUCCCGAUGGGACCGACAGCCGAGCCCCAGAGGCCGCGGCAACGCACGAAGAGGAGAGGAUGGCGGAGAGACCUCCACGGAAGGUGCGAGCGCGGACGAGACCGCCGGCUGGUGAGAACGCACGCACCGGUGGAUGACGGCACGGGAGACCCACACCCUCGUCUCAGGAACCCCGACACGCCCCCGAGAAGGUCACACGACAGCCACACCCCCACGACACCCCCACACACUCACACACCCCCGCCCCCUCACGACGGACAGCUCACACUAAGAUAAAUAAAACCACCCAUUGUGACUGCAAUCUGUCUCUUGUGGGUCUGUGCUCUGCCCUUCCCCCGAGCUAACUCCCUACACUAUAUAUAUAUAUAUAUGUGUGUGUGUGUGUGUGUG